AUGUACAAUGGUGAGUCUGCUACCAUUCAUCAAUUCUGUGACGUAAAACUAACAACCUAUUCAGCGGACAACUAUGCGUGGAUGCUGGUUUUCAACUACCUUAAGAAGCAAUGGAAUUGGAGAACUGACGGUGCCUGGCAUUGGCCCCAUGACGAGCUCAGACGCAGUAUCAUUGAGCCACGCAGCUCGAAGAACUCGACCAACUCGACUUUGGCCCAAGACUUUGAGCAAGAUGCCGAAACGUUGGUGGAUUCCAGCGCCCUUGAUCCGGACGACGAGCCGGCGCCGGCCAAUUGCCACCAGGUCGGAUCCGACCCUCUUAACGUCGCGUGCGUCUAUAUGGAUGAAGAUUAUAGUGAGUGGACGAGUGAACAUGGUAGCUCCACCCGACCAGCCUCCAGCACUUCUCUGGCACCUUCGUCCACUUAUUCUCCACUACCAACGUGCACUGCGUCAAGUGACUGCUCUGGGCACUGUGGAUCGAGAGAGUCUGUCUGUUGGGAUUCAUACUGCAAAUGCGGGCCUCCGGCAACAAUCACACCCACGCCAUAG